UACUUGUUUUGUGAAAAUAAAGGGGUUUAUUUUAGAUUGAAAAUGGUACAUAUUUGCAGUCAAUCUUCUUGUGAUCCAGAUAAGAAGUCCAGUUCCAUUCUUUCCAGAGAAUUCAUGACGUCUGUACCAAUUGCGUAGCAUACGGUUUCCAAAGUGAUGACGCUGUUCGUUUCCAGGUGCAGCGGCGCUGGUUAGAGACAGUUAGGUUAAUGAACAAAAUCGAUUAAAAAAAAAGAAUCGUGAUAAGAAUCACAACUUUUGCAAAAUAAACUGCAACACACCUGGAGUGCAUUGAACUAAACAGACUGUCCAUUGAUUAAAAUGGCAGAGCUUGGCUUCAGUGAGCAUCACCAAAAUGAAGUCAUCAACUAUAUGCGGUUUGCUCGCUCAAAAAGAGCUCUCAGGCUGAAGACUGUGGACUCCUGCUUUCAAGAUUUAAAAGACAGCAGGCUGGUGGAGGAAACGUUCACAGUGGAUGAAGUGUCUGAUAUGUUGGAUGGCUUGCAAGUGGUUGUGCACGGAGAGGUGGAGUCGGAACUCAUACAUACUGCCCACACCAAUGUGCUGCUGCUGCGGCAGCUGUUCUCACAAGCGGAGAAAUUUUAUCUGAAACUCCAGACCGACGUCUCAGAGCUGGAAAACAGGGAGCUUUUAGAACAAGUUGCAGAAUUUGAAAAGGCAGAAUUUACAUCAUCAAAUAAAAAGGCAAACCAAGACUCUAACAAACCUAAGCUUGCUCCUCUCAAUGAAGGUGGAGUGUCAGAACUGCUUAACAAGCAAAUUUUUAGAUUACAAGAUGAAAACGAAAAACUGAAAGCCAGACUCCGGACAAUAGAAUCUCAGGCUACAAGCGCAUUGGAUGAAAAAUCGAAAUUGGAAAGAGCUCUGAAAGAUUUACAGAGAGUACAAGGAGAUCAAAAGCUUGCAUUAAAAAAUAAGGAAAUCACAAACCUGGAAGAUACAGUGUCAGCACUAAGGUCUGAUUUCCAGAAGACACUAAAUGCCAGUACAGUGACACAAAAGAAUCUGGAGGAAAACCUUGUGGCAACCAAGCAUGAUUUCCUCAAGGUCCAGGAACAGCUUACCAUGGCUGAAAAGGAAUUGGAAAAGAAAUUUCAGCAAACUGCAGCAUACCGCAACAUGAAGGAAAUGCUGACCAAGAAGAAUGACCAAAUAAAGGAGAUAAGAAAACGCCUUUCAAAGUAUGAACCUGAUGAGUGACCGUGUUGUGUCUUGUUUUAAACAGUGGAAAGAGCUGUCACAUCCUGGAAAACUAAGAAUUUGGAAUUUAAUGGCAUUCCACUUGCUGUUCUCGUGAAGGAAACAGAAUGGAAUCUAUGCUUGCAUACUGAUAUUAGAAAUAAUGUAUGUUUAGUUUUAACUUUCAAAAACUAGCAGCUAUU